AUGUUCAAUUUUUUGUUUCUUUUCGGCGCUGCUGCCGCGUUAUCUUGCAUUGACAAUCCCUGUAAUAACGGAUGCGAGUGCGAGACUUCCUGCAAGGAUGAAAAUGACUACUACUGCCGACCGAAUGCUGGUUUUCCAUUCAUUGGAAAAGAUUGCGACUACGAGGCUAUUCCGCUCUGUACUUCAACCGGCAUCAAAAUCAGGAUUCCUGCUGGGGCAGUAGAGGAAUACGCUCGUGGCAUCCCUAACGUCGGCAUUCAUGGAUGCGCCAACGAUGUUUGCUCAGCAGCAGGCGCCGUCUGUGGACCAGCGACAGUUUCAAACCUUGGCUAUUACGAACUCGAAUGCCCAAGCCUACUUAGCUUUGACGGACAAGGACUUACGAAACGCAUAACCUUCGUGAUGGACAGAAUCAACGACUUGAUCAGCAUGCCGCGCGCUCUUACAAGAGUCGUUUGCCAAACUGAAAUUCGCCCGGCUGUCUCGGUGAUUCGUCCCGAAGUCCGCGCUCCCGGCAGCAUGGAACAAAUCGAGUUCUGGCAGCCGGUCAUGUCUUUCUACAAGACUGCUUGGAGCGUCCGACCCGGAAUCGCCGCUAACAACAUGGCCACUCCACAAGGUGAAAUUGUUUACGUCGUCGGUGAGACUCUUCACGUCCGUGUUACCGCAAAAAGCGAUAUUGGUUCUGGUCUUCACUCGAUGGAGCUUGAUAUCUGUACCGUGUCUGAUAACAUGGGCAAGUCGAUUACCAUCAUCAAUGACGGCGUUGUUCCCGCUGAUGUUCCUUUCCCUGUUGGCAUUGACUUGCAGAAAGGCUUUAUUGGCGAUAGUUACGACCCUGAGGGUGUUGGAUUUCACUUCCAGAUGUUCCAAUUCACUCCCGGCACUAAGAUCUACCUGACCUGCCGAGUACACGUCAACCCCAACCGACGAAGAAGGGCUGCGCUUGAAGCUUCUUCCGACAAGCCAACGACUGAAGACGUCCAAAUCAAAUUCAUCAUUGUUAACCCACAAGAAAAAGAAGAAGUCAUCAGCGAUUUAGCGAAUGUUAUUGUGAAAGAGCGAUUCUUCGAAGAUGCGUUUGGAAAUGAUCAGACAAACAAUGAUGAAGAAAUCAUCGUAGAGAGCAAAGAAAAUACCACGAACGAAAACAAAAUCACACAGCGAUGGUGGAUCGCUACUGGACUCAUCCUUGUUGCUCUCCUCACUUUGACUUAUGCAUUGCUUCGCUAUCGCCAGCAGCAUCAAAAAUUGAUUAUUUAA